CGAGAAAGCUUUAUUUUUGAUAUAAGAGUUAAUCCAUUUAAUUGUGACGUGACUGGAAGAACAUAGCAUGCAGUGUCAACUAUUAUUUUCAGUGACAGUAUUUGUUUUACUAGCAGAAAAAACAUUUGGAAAUGUGAAUGUUCCAAGUAGUGAUGUACAAGACAACGAUUAUAAUGACAAUGAUAAAAGACACGUAGGACGAUGGAGAAACUUCCGAUUUCGUCUCAGUGGGGUCGACGAUCAAAAGGAAAAUGAAAAACGCCACGUUGGUAGGUGGAAAAAUUUAAACUGGAAGCUGGGAAUAACUCAUGAUAAUGACAAAAGAUUUUUCGGUCGUUGGCGGGAUUUAAAUAAUAGAUUGUCAAAUGGCCAAAAUGUUGAGAAACGUUUUUUUGGUAGAUGGAAAAACAUAAAUUAUCUGAACCAGCUGAGACAAAAUAAAGACAAUGCCGAAAAACGAUUUUUCGGUAGAUGGAAAAAUCUGAAUUAUUUACUCAAGGGAAAUCAAAACAAACGAGAGGAUGACUUCCCAGUUGAUGAGAAUUUAAUGAGUGAAAUAGGGGAUAUUAACAACAUGGAUAAAAGAUUCUUCGGUCGUUGGAAAAACCUGAACUACAAACUCAGUAAACAAGAUUAGCUGUGUUGCCUUAAUGCAUUAAAAUUAACUCUUUAUGUUAGAGUUACGAUGUAAUUCAAUUUUCUAUAUUGUUAAGAAUUGUUAUAUUCUAUUAAAAUCACGAAAUUAUGAAGUAAUGGGUAUUAAACAACUAUUCCCUAAAUAUCAGAUAUUUGUAUUUGAACAAUUUAGUACGGAAAGCUGAACUGUUUAAAGAGAAAAGGGGGGCUAUGUAAAAUUCAAUUCAAUAUCGUAACCGCUUCUUACAUCCAAUCCCUUUAACCCUUCUAGUCAUAAAUUUUUACCAAGAACAAAGCAAUUAUUUCCGUAGUUAUAUGUUUAACAACUGACACAAAUAUGAACAACGACAACGAAAGCACAAAAUUAGUAGAACCAAAAGCAAAACAAAACACACAUACAUCAAUCCAGCAUUUACUAACUAUUAUGAAGAAAACAAUUUACCCGAUCGUCUCGACAAACCGAAAAUUAUAAUAAAAUUUUCAUACUUAGAAUUUUACGGUCAAAUAUGGUAUUUUAUAUAAGUGUUUGAUUUUAAAUGAGAAAAAUGUAUUUAAACUUGACUUUUUUACUUCAGGAUCUUUUUGAAAUAACAUUUUAAUUUAACUAUUUUUAGUUCUAAAUAAUUGACAAAUAUCAAUAUUCAAAACGUUUCCUUCCCUGCAGCCUGUGGUGUAAUAAAGUAUCAAGUUGUUUAAUAGCUUACGAUGGGAGCAACUAAACGCUUCGGGAUGCAAUUGCUAAUUAACGGGGCCCUGGAUAAUAUUCCUCGUAAAACUACAGUAAAACAAAUCUUUUAUUCAUAGACAAAAUGUGUACGUGGAAAAAGGCAUAUAUUUCAUGUAAGCAUUCCUAUAUAGAUGC